GUCAGCUCUUCGUGUUAUAGUUGUCAUUAAAAAUUGUAAAGAGUAAAGUUACUUUAACUUAAUCAAGUAAACUUAAAGUUACUUUAAUCACCAGAAUUCGACAUGUCUCGGCAAUUCGGAUUAAUCAGAGACAUGGCGAGGACCGACUACCUGAUUACCUCCUCGGAGAUCGGUGCAGUUAUGCCCGACAAGUUUCCCAAGGCGAAGCAUCACUAUUUGGCCCUUCCACGGACCGACAUUCCCAGUAUUUUUCAUCUUAACCGGACACAUCUGCCGCUCUUAAGGGAGCUUCAUCAUCUGGCGCAAGAGGCUGUCAAAAUAAAAGGAGUUCUUUGGGAGGACUUCCAGGUGGGAUUCCAUGCCAAACCGAGCAUGCAAAGGCUCCACAUGCACGUCAUCUCCAAGGAUUUCGUAUCACCAUGUAUGAAGACCAAGAAUAAUUGGAACUCGUACACCACCGAACUAUUUGUUCCCUACGAAAAACUGUACGCUCAGCUGGAGAAGGAGAACUGCUUUUCCCGACUGCCAAAAUCUCUAGUAGAUGAGCUCUAUUCGCGGCCUCUGGCGUGUAAUCAAUGCGAGUUUGCCCCGGACUCGCUUUCGGACUUGAAGGCGCACUUGCUUUACCACUGGCAUAAUAAAGAUAAGGAGCGUGAGCAGAUGCACGUAAUAGAUGGAAUAAGUAAAAUGUCAUUACAAAACACUCGGCCGAAACACAUCGAAUCGAGGAAUUCGCCGAAACUCAAUCAGUGGAACCAUAGGUUGCAUCAAGGACCUAGGGCUUUUGGAAACGGUCAUUCUCAAAGUCAGAGCGACAACAGGCGCCCGGGAUACAAAGGGUGUCGACCACAGCCUCCGCAUUAUUAUACAACAAAACCUUUUGCUGUUGAGGGAAUUCUACACAAUGGGCAACAAAAUGGAGCGAGCCCAAGACGUUUAGCGAAAAAGGAUCAACAGAUCACACAUGAACAGCCUAAUCAGGACUCAAAUCAACAGAGUAGUCCAAACACACAGAAAGCUCAGCACCCAAGCUACAAUACUCAACAGCCAAAUGUGCAUAAAGUAAAUUGGCCGAAACACAUCGAAUCGAGGAAUUCGGCGAAACUCAAUCAGUGGAACCAUAGGUUGCAUCAAGGACCUAGGGCUUUUGGAAACGGUCAUUCUCAAAGUCAGAGCGACAACAGGCGCCCGGGAUACAAAGGGGGUCGACCACAGCCUCCGCAUUAUUAUACAACAAAACCUUUUGCUGUUGAGGGAAUUCUACACAAUGGGCAACAAAAUGGAGCGAGCCCAAGACGUUUAGCGAAAAAGGAUCAACAGAUCACACAUGAACAGCCUAAUCAGGACUCAAAUCAACAGAGUAGUCCAAACACACAGAAAGCUCAGCACCCAAGCUACAAUACUCAAAAGCCAAAUGUGCAUAAAGUAAAUUGGAAAACUAUUCCUACUCAAAUUCACCAAAAUGCGGUUCAGAAUCAAAAAGAAAGACAGUCCGCAGCCCCAGCCAAAUUUUAAAAUUCAUCAAGUCAUUGGCGAGAACAACAAUCUUAAUCAACGAAACGGAAAAAAAAAACAAGAGGAUGGCAAGAAGAAAAAAGAAGAAAUCACCUGGGAUUCUACAGAAUCAAGAAAUUUUGGCUCCACUACCUCCAAACGAUUCCAAAACAGAGUGCUCCUAGAAUAUUCUUUCUGUAUGAAUGCCAUAUUUUAAAAAUAAAAUUCUUGUGCGCUCUUAGUAGUUUGCACAAGUUUUGUAAAGCAGA